AUGGGCAGGCUCCAAAAUGAAUCACACUACAAGAAAAAGCGUCAUUCGAGGCCUCUAUUUUCACUGGCGGCCAUAUAUAACUGCCGGUGAUCACCAGAAUCACCGGCAGCCGUCCAAAAACGCCCCUGUUUCUGAAACGUGGGCGCCGGUGAAUCGAUGGUACUAAAACCAAAAACGGGGAGAGGGAAAUUUCAUUUUCGUCGCGCGCGCAAACUCCCUCCUCUCUCUCUCUUGUCCUGUGCGCUUCUCCCCACCCUCUCCCUUCCUCGAUCUCUCUCUCCCAUCUCGCUUGUCCGGCCUUUUGCCUUCCUCGAUUUCUCUCCCUCCAUCUCUCGAUCUACCUGAUUUCCCUCCCUCUCCAUUGACGUCUCUCCCAGUUCGUUCUCUUCGAAGCAACCAUUGAUCGAUCUCCCUCCAAUAGCUGACGGGAAUAGAAGAAAUCAGAGCACACGAAGUGAAAGAUCAGGGACGGGUGUGGUUCUCUGCAUAGAGAAGGCAUCUUCUCAAUCCGGUGUAGUUGGUGUUAUGGAAGCCGUUGUGAUUGUACAGGAAGCUUUGUCAGACUCAGAGUGUAUUUUCAGCAAUCCGUCGAAGUGGCUAAGGAAGAUAGUUAUGGAUAAGAGUUGGAUUCAUCUGCCAAGGGUGAGCUACGCAUACUUAAAUGGAGCUGCAAAAUUCCUAGAUUUUGCAUUUGCAAAUGCAAGUAAUAGAGGGAGGAUCCGAUGUCCAUGUAAGAACUGUAACAAUAACUUCUGGGUGUCUCGAGAAGUAGCAUAUGAUCAUAUCAUGUGUGAUGGAUUUAAUACGAGUUACACCUACUGGCGUUUCCAUGGGGAAGAUACGUUUUCUUCCAUGCCUAUUACCACAAAUGUCACAGGUGAUAAUCCAGAUCCACACGAUGAUAUGCACGGAUUAUUAUACGAUGCGUUCGGUUUUUCAAAUCUAAAUGGUCAAGAGAGUGAUGCGGGCCACGCGCCAUAUGGACCUACACAGGGGCAGAACACUAAAGCACAACAAUUUUUCAAAUUGUUAGAAGAUGCUGAUCAGGAAUUGUAUCCAGGUUACAAGAAAUUCACUAAGCUUUCUUUCGUUGUGAAACUAUAUCACAUAAAGUGCCUUGUUCGAUGGAGUGAUAAAUCAUUCACCAUGUUACUUGAAUUGUUGAAGGAGGGACUUCCCGAGGGUGAAACAUUGCCAAAGUCUUUCUAUGAAACCAAGAAGAUCAUUAGCGAGUUGGGCCUCAAAUAUAAUAAAAUUGAUGCAUGUCCCAAUGCUUGUAUGUUGUAUUGGAAGAAUGGGAUGCCUGUGGAUGAGGCCUCAUCAAGAGCAAUGGAACAACUAAAUGAACGAACUUCGCAGCAGCCAGAGGCUUCACAUAACAGCACUACGAGGAAAGAUGUAUUCUCGGAAGUCAUGGGUGACGAACGACAUGGCCGUGUCCGCACUUACGGGUGUUUCAGCUAAUCCCAACUUGAACCAACCGUCCUCAUCAUUAAGCCACUUGGUUCCAACCCCUCUGAGAGACUUGGCGAAUAAGGGGAAUUCUACAAGUUGCACUAAUGUGACUCAGGUUCUUCUUAAGAGUAUUGUAAGGCCUAGGGAUACUGUAGCUAAAUGAACUGUUUUGAGCACGGAUCCACUGACAAAAGUAGGGGGGCAAAAAACUUGGAGUUGGUUUCUGGGAAGUAUCUAUUCAAGUGGAAAUGGUACAUGAUGAAGAUUUGAUAAAGACCCAUGGACGAUAUAAAACAAUUGGGGAUGCAAUUGGAACGAGUAUUGCUUG